AAGUGCACAGAAUACUGGCCAGAAGAGCAGGUAGUCCAUGACGGCGUGGAGAUCACUGUGCAGAAAGUCAUCCACACGGAGGACUACCGGCUGAGACUCAUCUCCCUCAGGAGAGGGACUGAAGAGCGAAGCUUGAAGCAUUACUGGUUCACAUCCUGGCCUGACCAGAAGACCCCAGACCGGGCUCCCCCACUCCUACACCUGGUACGGGAGGUGGAGGAGGCAGCCCAGCAAGAGGGUCCCCAUUGUUCUCCAAUCAUCGUUCACUGCAGUGCAGGGAUUGGGAGAACUGGCUGCUUCAUCGCCACCAGCAUCUGCUGCCAGCAGCUGCAACGUGAGGGCGUGGUGGACAUCCUAAAGACCACGUGCCAGCUCCGUCAGGACAGGGGUGGCAUGAUCCAGACAUGCGAACAGUACCAGUUUGUGCACCAUGCCAUGAGCCUCUAUGAGAAGCAGCUGUCCCUCCAGUCCUCAGAAUGACCACACUCUUCCUCUGAGAUCCACUGGGCACUGCCAAGCCUGAAGCUGGGCCUUCACCCCAACUACCCAAGAUCUUGCCUUGGGUCCUGGGCCUGUUUGGUGGCCCUCCCCCUCAUUCCUCCCUCUCUUCAGUCUGUUCCUCAUCUAUUGUCCUGGCCUGGUCCCUACCCCAAGCCUAGCUCUUCUACUGUAUACACUGCAGAGUUGGGGAUGGCAGGGGAGGAAUGUGCCAGGCCAGGCCUGGGGUCCCUGGGCCUAACCCACACUAUAUAGACCUGGGGCCUCAGUUUUAACCAUGGUUCCACAGCUACUUGGUCCAAAAAUGUUUCCAUGCCACACCCCAAGUGUCCUACCACAAUGUGUUCUGUCUGUCCAUCCAUCACAGCUAUCUGUACCAAACACUGUGUCCCCUCAGUCAGGAAAGGAGCACUAAACUGAUCUCUCACCCCUCAGCCCUCACGCACCCAGACUCUCACCCUGCUCCCCAGGCAGAGGUACUUACCUGCCUCUGGCCCCGCUGGCUCCCCUGAAAAUGCAGACUGCGUUUGGCCACUAGGAUGCAGAUGGCAGAUACCAGGCAGAGGAGCAUGUGAUGGUUGACAGAGAGAUCCCUGCUAAGAAGGUUCCUGGGCAAGGACAGGCAUCUCCAGCCUAUGAGGCACUGGAGAGGAAGAGGACAGAUGAAGUGGGGAACCCCAAAGAUCUGAGCCCUGAGGGGGGCCUCCAAGAAUGGGAUGGGGACAGCUCCAGACCUGCGAGACAUCUUUCUGUGCCACUAUGGGAAACCACAAGUGUCUCGCUACAUGUCGCUCUGUGUGUGUUCCCUUAUCCAUGUGUGUGUCCAGAGCCCAUGAGCAGGGCAUGCAUGACUCUUCGGCAACAUGUAUUAUCUUGGAGCCACGUGUUUUUAUUGCUGACUUUAAAUAUUUAUUCCACGGCAAACAGAGGCAUUUGGUGUCUUUUUAUAAUCCGCUCGUGGUCAUUGAAUAGAGCAAUAAACAGAGCAUUUUGAGCAAAA